ACAGCUCAAGAGAAGAAGGAACAGUCAAAAAGAGAAGGAACAGUUAAAAGGAGAGGGAACAGUCAAGAGAAGAAGGAACAGUCAAAAGAAGAAGGAACAGUCAAAAAGAAGGAAUAGUCAAAAGAAGUAAGCCCGUAACCCCUUGACAAUAACAGGCCACAAGAGGAGGAAGAGGAGGCUUACAUCAACCACUAUGUAGCAGUGACAGAAGAAUAAAUCAAGACCGAGAGAACACUAGGAGCUGCCGUUGCAAAGGCAAUAGCUCCACAUCUACAUCUACCUCCACGCACGGUUGUCUGACCUCCGUGACCCCCAGGUGUGAGGCGUGGCAGCAUGCACCCUGAGCUUUCCCCCCACCUGCACACACCACAGUGCAACGACCUCAUCAAUCAGCUGCACCGGUGUCACGAGGAGAACAAGCUGAAGAAGUUUAUGGGCGCUUGUAACGACAUCGACAGAGAGGUUCUGAAGUGCCUGAAGGCAGAGUGACUACGGAGAAGAGCCAACAACAGAAUCUUGGCCGAGGAGCGCAGGAAGAAGAUUCACACCAAGUUGGGGGAAGGCUACGACUGGGAGAAGGCAUGAGACAGGAGCUUUCUUACAUGCAGAACGCCCAUCGUCAUCUCUGUCUAAACCUCAACUGGUAGCUCUCAAGACAUAGAAACAAGCAAGACAGGCCGCCCACCAUGCCGGUGUGUGGAGGAAAAGAGAACAAGGAAUGAACGCGGACAACAGCAACACACUCAGCCGCCACAAAGGUUGGGGCUGCCUCACCUGUGCCUUCCUCAGCAAGACAGGCCGCCCACCACGCCGGUGUGUGUAGGAAAAGAGAACAAGGAAGGAACGAGGACAACAGCAACACACUCAGGUUGGGGCCGCCUCACCUGGACAGCAGCAUGAGUGGCCAGGGCAAGCAGGAGCAGACUGCUGCAGGGGGCAGGAGGCUCAGUGGUCAUCAGGUGAAGCAACUUGCUGCUGGCAACUCCAGCAACAAAGGAGAGAGGAAGUUUGUGUGUCUGGAGUGUGGAAAAGAAUUCUCAAGGUCAGGCCUCAGAUAUCACAUCCUUACACACACUGGUGAAAAGAACUAUGAAUGUAAGGAAUGUGGGAAAAAAUUCAGCUGGGAGAGUCACCUUGCUACACACACCCUUACACACACUGGUGUAAAGAACUAUGAAUGUAAGGAAUGUGGGAAAAAAUUUAGACAGAAGGGUACCCUCGAUAAACACACCCUUACACACACUGGUGUAAAGAACUAUGAAUGUAAGGAAUGUGGGAAAAAAUUUAGACAGAAGGGUACCCUUGAUAAACACACCCUUACACACACUGGUGUAAAGAACUAUGAAUGUAAGGAAUGUGGGAAAAAAUUUAGACAGAAGAGUACCCUUGAUAAACACACCCUUACACACACUGGUGUAAAGAACUAUGAAUGUAAGGAGUGUGGGAAAAAAUUUAGACAGAAGGGUACCCUUGAUAAACACACCCUUACACACACUAGUGUAAAGAAUUAUGAAUGUUAUGAGUGUGGGAAGAAAUUCAUCCUCAAGAGUACACUUCUUCAACACACCUUCACACACACUGGUGUAAAGAACUAUGAAUGUAAGGAAUGUGGGAAAAAAUUUAGACUGAAGGGUGCCCUUGUUAGGCACACCCUUACACACACUGGUGUAAAAAGUCAUGAGUGUGAAGAGUGCGGGAAGAGAUUCAGUGUCAAAUCAACACUCAAUGAACACGUCUCCAGGCGUCACUAUAGCCUAAUAGAGUUCAAGUGUGAUGUUUGUGGAAAGCUCUUUAGGGCAAAGAGAGACAUUGCCAGGCACAUGAAGAGCCACUUCUGAAGUGUGUCUGCCUACAGUAGUUAUAUUGACCAGGUUGUUAGCAGCAGCUGAGGGAAAGGAAAGUGAAGGAGAGGUGAAAGUAAUCAUGUAAGAUAAAGAAGAAAGGUUUGCCUGUCAGUGUUGACAUAGAAAAAAUUAACAAACCUAAAGACUCUUGGCUUUCUCAAGUCAUGCAGGACCAUUUCAUGUCCAAAUUGUCUGCCUAUCCAUGUACCAAAGCUGUCCAUGUGUUUUGUGAUGGGUCUGUUAAUGGCAGCAAGACUGGCUAUGUAUUAUUUAUGAAGAGUAUACCUCCCCCUCUGAAUACACUGACCCUGAGGUUUCCAAGAGGCUUCCUGACCAUUUGUCUUCCACAAGGAUAGAACUCUCUCAACGCCAUUCUUGAGGCCCUCUGUAUUACUGUGGCCCUAGGGAAAACUGUGUAGCCUACCUGUUUGUUGACAGCCAGUGUGUCUUGUAUGCACUCCUGUCUUCCUCUCCCUCUAACUGUGACAUAGUCAAUAUGUGCCUCAGUGCCCUUAGCCUGCUGGAGCACAGUGGUGCUAAUGCACACUUCAUCUGGGUGCCCUCACAUGUUGGGCUGCCCCAUAAUGAUAAAGCAGACCUAUAUACUCGUCUUGCCUCAUGACCUUACUGUACAGCCAGGUGUUGAGCACACUUAUGUUAAGAGUAGACUUAUAUCUCUUGUUAGUGAGUCUGUCACCUCUCAGCUUGCCUUGUGCUGUCAGGAUGGCAGUGCCUCCAGCAUUCACUAUGCCCAGGUAUGGAGUCUCUGUACCCACACUUAUGGCAGGCACAGUGCAUCCUAUGGUCUUGUGGUGAUGUGUCUGAGGCUGGGCUAUAGGUGUUACUGGGAGGUCAGUGGGGCUGCCCCUGCACCUUGCAGUUUGUGUGCCAAGCCAGGGGGUCACACGCUCCAUCAUUAUGUCCCUCUAAUAGCUGUAUCUGCUCACAGGGCCACUGGGACCUGCCUGAGCUGGUUCAUUAACAAUAAUGUUCUUUCGUGUAUUGUAAAGAGAGCAUCCUACAUUUGCCCCUAGAUUGUAGUUCUUCUGGGUGCAGUCCCUUGUGUCUGCCCCCUUGAUCUCGCCAUGGCUACUAUUUAUUCUAACGCAGCACUUGUUCCCUACCAUUAUACCUGUUUAGGUCCAUGGUGCUGCCAACGCAUGUGUCAAGAGUUGUACAAUCACACUGUGUACUUCCUGGGGGCUGGGAUGGCAGGUUCCUCCCUUCUCCUUUGUUGUGUAUCUUUGCAACAAUAAACCAACAAUCAGUCCGUCCA